AUGGUGCUGAGGAGGACAGGGGGCACGGAAGUGGGAGCAGUGACAGAUCAACUGGACUUUGAACAGUUUCAUAGGUUUUAUAAUCUGAUCAUGUUCGAACAGAGAAAGAUCCUGGAUGAAUUCAAAAAGGAACCCUGUUUGUUCAUCCACAGUAAAACCGAUAAACCUGAUGCUCUGGCGGUUCUGCUCCAUGACUUCCAGCGAUUUCUGAUCGACCAACAAAAGGAACCGUGGGCCAGUGAUCUGAACCGGGUCAGAGCCUUCAUGACCCGGUUCACUGAUGACGGCGAUGCGUUCACUGUCACUCAGUUCCUCAGUUUCCUGUUUUCUAAAGAAAACUCUGUGUGGGAUGAGAGGUUCUGUGAGGUGACCCACAUGGACCUGGACCAGCCUCUGUCCGCCUACUGGAUUAACUCCUCCCACAACACAUAUCUGACUGGAGAUCAGCUGCGCAGUGAGUCGUCCACAGAGGCGUAUGUUCGCUGUCUGCGUCUGGGAUGUCGCUGUGUCGAACUGGACUGCUGGUCUGAGUCUGGGAGGACUGUCAUCUACCACGGCAGAACCAUAACCACUAGGAUCCAGUUUGAGGACGUGAUCGAGGCCAUCAACACACACGCUUUUGUCGCCUCAGAGUUCCCGCUGAUCCUGUCCAUAGAGGAACACUGUCCACUGGAGCAGCAGCGAGACAUGGCUCAUACACUCAGAGACGUGUUCGGAGACAAACUUCUGACGGAACCUUUGGAGGAGGAGGCGGAGCAUCUUCCAUCACCCAAUCAACUCAAAGGAAAGAUCAUCAUUAAGCAUAAAAAACUGAGUGUGGACCAGGGACCAACCAGAACUGAGUCCAGGGAGACAGAGAAACCUGGAGACCUGGACCUGUGGGACCCAGUGGACCAGGAGGAAGUGGAGCGGGCCCAGGACGUUGCCAUGGAGAUGUCAGAGCUGGUGGUGUACUGUCAGCCUCAGAAGGGGGACGGACGUUACUGCUUUGACAGGUACAGCUGCACAGAGGUCCGCUCCUUCAUGGAGAACAAAACACCUGGGAACACCAAAGGCUUCCUGCGCUACAACGGCACCGCUCUGAGUCGCAUCUUCCCCAAAAGCCAGCGGGUGGACUCCUCCAACUACGACCCCUGCCCUCUGUGGUCCAUGGGCUGUCACAUGGUGGCGCUAAACUUCCAGACUGCAGAUAAACCCAUGCAGCUCAACAGCGCCCUCUUCAGUCAGAGCGGAGGCACAGGGUAUGUGCUGCAGCCACACUUCAUUCGCUGCGGGGCUGACGCCGACUGUCAGCAGGAGAACAAACGCAUGAGGAUUGAAGUGAAGGUCAUAGCUGCACGACACCUGCCCAAACCUGGAAGUGACAUCAUCAGUCCAUUUGUACAGGUGGAGCUGUGUGGACACACAGAGGACAAAUUCAACACCAUCCUACACUGUGAUAAUGGUCUGAACCCGGUGUGGAAAGUCUCGGCUAAACCUCACGUCUUCACCGUCUCCCAACCUGAACUGACCUUCCUGCGCUUUGUGGUCUACACUGAGGACAUGUUCUCAGACCCACAGUUCCUGGCUCAGGCCACAUUCCCUGUCAAAGGCGUCCGCUCAGGGUUCCGCUCAGUCCGUCUUAAGAACGGGUUCAGUGAAGACUUAGAGUUAGCCUGUCUGUUAGUCUGCAUCAGCAAACAGACUGAGGAGGACUAACUUCUACUGAGGACCACUCCCACCGCUGUUCUUCAGCCAAUCGGUGGUCUUUAAAUUCUUCAGCUUUAGGAGCUGUCAGCGGUGUGUGAACGGUGUCACAUGUGCUUCAGCGUCGUCUGUUUUUGUCGAGUGCUGCUGUCUGUAGUGGAUGAAACCUGCUCCUGCUUCUUCUGAACCCAACACAGACCGUUUCAGCUGGACGCUUUUAGACCCACAUCAGGGGGACCUGGGUCACAGGGACCAGGUCUGCAUGCUCCUGUCUGUAGGAACCCUGCCUCUGGGCUCCGAACCUGUCCUGUACACCACCA